AUGCAGAGGAUCGAAUUGAAAAUUCCCACGGCGAAGGACGUUUGGAAAGAUAUCCUCGAGCAGCUGCGUGAGAACAAAGAGGAAGGAGACGACCGUCUUUGGUGUAUUCGCCAUUCUCUAAUGCGCAGCAAACCAAGUGCCGCCGUGCUUCCCAGUUCGGGCUGGAAGAAAAUCAAGCCCGCCAUCGGCAAAACUUGCUGUGGCCAGUACUUUCCUGCUACCAUCUAUGUCACCGACCAAGAAGCUCGCCAGCUUGCCUCAUCUCUGGUCGUUGAUGCCCGCCAGGACUUGGAUUUCCUUCGCCAGAUUCUCGCUGACCAUGCUGAUUUCAUCGUUACGCGCUGGAAGAAGAAGUCGCGUGAGAAGCGUUCCGCCUUCUUCUCGGAAAACGUCGACAUUUUCGACAAGAAGUUCGCCGCUAUUCAUCUGCUUCACAUGCGCAGCAGUCCGGAGAACUGCGAUUUCAACGCCGAACUGAUGCGGUCGCUGCAAGGCAUCGACGACCCAGAGCAAAAAGACUGGCUUUCUAGAGCUUUGCAUGACAGCAGGCUCAACAAGAUGAUCUCCAGUUAUCAAGACACAUGGCUUCUGCCUUAUCUCGACUCCGACAUGCUAUCCGAAGACCCAUCGCUCUUGCUCGCUCUGCUGCACCACCGCACUACUCACGAACCUGAGGACUGGAUUCUUUUCGAUGACAUGAAUGCCGACUUGGCUGAACGUUUCGGUAUCAUCACACAGACCUUCAACUCUCAUUGUGUCGUUGUACAAGGACCUGACUUCGGCAAACUGGUCAAAUGGAACGCCGAUCAGGCUCAUCGUUACGAGAUCAUUGGCUUUACCAAGGCUUACAACAUCCUGCAAGCUCAGCAGAGAAUGAUGGCCUUCCUACGCAAGUGUAUUGCUGGUUUGCUUGACGGAGCAGAUGAACCUCCAGUACUGCAAGUUCAUCCUAAAUGGGAUCAGCUCGUGCGCACUGGCUUUACUCGUAUCGAUCCUACCUUUGCAUGGUCUACUGAGUCGUCCAGACCUUUCUGCAGUCCGCCAAAGUUUGACCCAGUCGAGGUCCACGAACUUGCCAAGUCGCGCCACCGCGUUCUCAAAGAUCACCUCGAAUUACUUCAAACCGAUCCCGCAUACGUCCAGCUGCAUGCACGUGCAUACAAGAACGUCCUGUUCUUCGAGACAUUCAAGCAGGGUGACAGAUGGCCUCAUAUCGUCGACCAGGUCUUUGUCAACCCCUUGAUCAGAGAGUGUUACUGGCGACAGAUGCUGUAUGAGUGUGACAAGAUGGAGCGUGCGUGGCUGGUAUCUGUCAAAUCCCCCUCUGAAGCAACUCGAGCAUUCUACAACGAUACCAUCCUUUAUGUUCAAGACCUCUGUGUGGAAAUGCUUGCCGUCUUGAUCAAUCUCUCUAGUCUCAUCUACCAACGUGGCUUCGAGCGCAACUUCGAGUUUACGGGCAGUGGUCGAGACAGUCAUCUCAACAGAAGGUUCAGCACCAAGGACUGGUUCCCAGAUGAUAUUCUGUACUGGAGCAUCGCGUGCAUGGGCCACGACGAUUAUCGCCCUUUCACUAUGGAUCCCUCUCUGAACUUCAGAAUCAUCGACUACAUCUGUCGUACGGACCCAAAGGAGGCCUCGCGCAUGAAUCAAAAUCUUGUCGACGAGCUAAGCGAUAUGGCCGCGCUGAACACGAUCAGUACCAACAUCCAAUGUCACAUGUCUCGCAACCGCAAGUAUGCUCAAGAGAUGCCUGACAAGGAGACCGAGCGACGAGGAAACUGGAUCAAGAAGUCCAACAGCGCAAAGGGCCCAACCAUCGGAGAUGCCACUGCGAAACACUUGGACGACUUCUGUACCAAGCACGCGUGGCCUAAGGGAACGAAGAACGAGCAGUGGCUAAAGCAAGCAACUGCAUCUCGUUUCUCCUUGAAUCGAUUCUGGCAAGCUUUCAGAACACAGUGGGCAAAAAAGCUGAGCGAGAACGGAGUCUGGUCAAGCAGCAUUGCUGAAGACCUCGACUUGAUGCGUGCUCAUGAGAGCGAGGAAUACCGUGCAGAGGUUGCGGCUGAAAGAGAUAAUGUUCGUCACCUUGAGUACCAGCGUCGCAUGAGUGCACAGAACCAGUCUGUCACGCCCGUCGAGGCACAGACCGUGUGGGGUGACGAGAAUGGCGCUUCACCAUCGGUGGAAAACAACAACAAGACAAAGCGACAGAGGAAGCCAGAGACAUCAGAAGUAUCGACCCCCACUGCGUUGGUCACUCUUCCCAAGUCCUGCACUCCACUCCGCCUUAUUCCCGUCAAGCACGACAACAUGACAAUCUUCCACCACAUGUUCCCAACUUGCGGCGAGGAGUCACAGCGUUCUUUCUCGUGGCAACACUUCUUGGGUGCCAUGAUUGACGCCGGCUUCUCUAUCUUGCAGAGUCAGGGCAGUGCCAUUACCCUCAAACAGGAGGAGGAGAGUCAUGAAGGUCGCAUGACCAAAUGGUUUGGUUGGAGGCGUGAACUCUUUAUUGAGAGGGGUAGGGCGAAGGAAGAGAGCACCCAAUAA